UCAGGACACAUAUGUUUUAAAAGACCCAAAAGCCACAACAACUCAGUGAGCCUACUGAGUCAGCUUCAUCUCUGUCUUCUUCUUUAGAAGAAGAACAAGUGAGAGAGGCGAGUGAAGAGAAAGCUCUGGUUUAUGGGUUGAGAGGGAGCCCCAAAAGGAGUUUCAGUUUACUAGAUCCCGAGUUUCUCGAUGGAGGGUCGGUAGUUCAAGAUAGAGAGAGCGAGACUGAGUCAUCCAGAAACCCAACUCGCCGGCAAUCCAAGCGGACUCGGAAGUGUCCCAAGUUGAAAAACCAGUUUGACUGAGUCGGUGACCGAGUUGGAACAGGUGAGUUCGGUCUCGGAUACAUCCACUGAGGAAGAUGUUGCUCCGUGUUUGAUGAUGCUUUCGAAGGACACUUGGAGUUCGGAUGACUCGGGCAAGUUGAGACCAUCGAGUCAGAGGAAAUACCAGUGUGAAACUUGCAAGAAAGAGUUCGGAUCGUUUCAGGCACUGGAUGGACACAGAACGAGUCACACUAAGGUAGUCAAGGGCUGCUUUGCAGGCAAUAUGGAUCAGAAUCAGAAGGUUCAUGAGUGUCCAAUUUGUUUCAAAGUGUUUGGUUCAGGUCAAGCACUUGGUGGUCACAAGAGACCACACUUGUUGAGUUCAUCAAAGUCUGCUAGUAAAUUUGGAGACAGUUUGAUAGAUCUAAACUUGCCAACUCCAAUGGGAGAUGAAGAUGAUGAUGAUGAUGAUGAUGAACAUAGUCAACUAGAGAUCUCUGUUGUCUCUGAUGCUGAAUUCAUCAAACUUUGACACCUUUCUCAUACCCAUUGACAUAGUUCACAGCUAUGAUCCACCAAAAUCUAUUAGGUUUUAGACCAUAGUUCUUAAGAUCAAAGUGAAGAGUUUAGUGAGAGUAACAUUUUGAUCGAUGGAGAUCAAAA